GCCGAAGAUUUAGGAGAUAAGUGUGUCUUCAGUUAGUCACAGUCCGGAUUCUGACACCAUAACAAAAACAAUCCAAAUAUUUUGUGAUUUAGAACUUAUUUUGAAAAAAAAAAUGCAUUAUUUGGGGAUGUUUAUAUUUUACUGCUGUUACAAAAUUGCUUCUUCUGAACAUUUCAGUAGUUUGGAAGACGAAUUGAGAACAAAAAGGCAAAUAAACAGUUUACCUCUUGUAUAUCCUUAUGGAUGUACUUAUAAGUUCAUCGUAGGCUGGAGCCAGCCUGUUCCAACUCCUGAUUACAUCAGCCUCUCGUUCGCAGCAAACUUUCAAUACCAGUAUGGCCAAUUUCAAAACAUCUCCGAGCUGUCUCGUUACUACUCUUACGAGGACAUAUCGAGGGAGCAAAGGGCAGCUGACCUCGCUACUAGAAAAGAUGAAAGGUUGAUCUUUUACAGAGCCAUGGCUGAUAUGUUGGAUAGUAAAGGCUUCAAUGGCCACGAAUGCAUGUUGCGAGCAAUCUGCGAGGCGGCCCAGUAUCCUGUCGAGGAGGAAGGAUUAGUUGGAGAGAUAAUACAUAUUUUACUAACGCCAGAUUAUGGGCGGACACCAUUUGACCCUGAAGAUUUGGAGUGGGAAGAAUCUAUGUCAGUAUAUAGGGAUGCAGCGAUCGCAGGCCGUCAGAUGUUCAGCUGUCCAGAUGUAUACCACGAGUGUCCUGAAGGUCAAGGAGUUAUGGAGCUCAUAUCUGUACUUAGAGAUGAAUGAGAAUUAUGUAAAUUGAUUAUAUCUAUAUAGAUAGAGCACUGAGUACUAAAAACGUAUUAAUAUUAGAUGGAGCGUUUUGUUUUGUAAAUAUUUAAUUCAACUAGGUGUUAUCUUGUGGAAGUCUACAUUACUGGUUAUUUGAUUAGAACUAUUUUAUUGAAUCCCGUUACCAUUAAUAUGUAUUGGUAGCACUCGAAGUUUGAUCACUCCUAUUAUUACAAGAAAUUUCACAACCUUCCAUAUUAGCUAUCAAUCUACAACUGCCAUUUUGUUCACAGGCAUUUUGCGACACGCGUUUUAAUUAUAAUGAGGCAUCUUUAGGCAAAUUAUUAGAUCUCUAUUCGGAGUCUAUUGUUCUAUUAACCGUUCGAAUCGUUCGGUUAAAAAAUAGCCAAAUAUCAAAUUAGCUGAUUUAAUUUCGACACGUUUUUGAUACUCGAUGCUCCAUCUAUGUAAUCUAAGGGAGAUACUCUAUGUAUAAAAUCUACGAUGUAAACGUAUUUUUAAGCAGACACCAUAAUGUCUCACUAUUCCCAUUAUUGGGCAUCAAUCUACUAAUACCGGCCAGGUGGCUUGACUUGGUACAGUAUUUUAAGUGUUGAAUAAACAUUUUGACAUAAAAUAGCAACUUUGUUUUGUUAAUAACAAUCACUUUUUAAAAAUUCUAACAUUUGUGGUGUAACACAUCACAUACCUUUCAAUCAGUCGUGGGUUUGAUCUCCGCGCAAUACAAAUUGUUAUUUUCUGGAGUUUUUUUUUUUUAAUUGAUGAUAAUGGAAUAGUAACCCUGCCUGCGCUAUCGGUAUACACUGGCGGGGCACCGGUGAGGGAUGAUUGGUGAGGAUGAAAAGGCAGGUCAGUUGGCCCAUCGUGACGAAUUUAACGAUAAAUUAGUAACGAUGGUUUCCAGGGGGAAACGCAUGGAGGUCGACCUGAUAAGGUAUAUUAAUAGCAAUGGGAACUAACCUUUCCAUUACUGAAAAUCCUUUCCCCCCUAUUUUCUGGAGUAUGUCAGUUUAUACUGAUAUUGGUGUUUUUUUUCUGUUUUACAUGUAUUUUUAAGAAAGGCAAUUAAAUAGCAAGUAAGCAGAUUAAGCUACUGAGUAUGCCUAUUUUUUCUAUCUCUAUAUAAUAUUGUUUAAGUUCUACUCAAUUUGGGUCUAGAUGGCGUUGUAUGAUAUGACCAAUGGUAUUUAUUUAUUUAAUCAAAAUUAUAAUUAAAUUUUAAAAUUUGUAAAAUCAUUCAUAUUUGAUGACCCUUAACGUCCAUUAUUCAAUGAUACUUAAACGACUGAACAAAAAAUACAACCGAAUUGCGAAGCUAUUUCUUUUUGAAAUAAGUUCAAAAUAUUCAUUUAGAUAUUUUAACAUCAUAUCAAUCUUAAUAUUAUUUACUUAUUUAUUUAACACUUUCUUGCACCAACAUUACAGGAUUUGUUGAACAAUUUUCGAUAAGUAUAGUUAGUACAAAAGGCGGUCUUAUUGCUAAUUCAAAUUCAAAUUCAAAUUCAAAAAUCAUUUAUUCAUGUAGGACAUUUUAGCCGCUUAUGAACGUCAAAUUUUUACAUUAUAAUUUUAUAUUUUCCCUACCGUCCAGUUCGGUAUAUAGAUCCAAUUGAGAAGAACUGGCAAGAAACUCAAUUGAAUUACUUUUUUUUUUUAAAGCCAGUUUAUUUACAAUGUAUAUUUAUAUAGGUGUCUAUGUCUAACAUUAAAUGAAAAUUCAGUGCAUGAACAACUAUUGCCAUGCACACUCGUCAUUCAAGUAAUCGUUUAGUGAGUAAUAGGCUUUGCUCAAUGAAGCAAUCUCUUCCAGACAACCUUUGGGUAGAAACAAAGAAUAAAUAUGUAGGUGACGCGUUAAAAAAAAUAGAUCUGUAAUUUAGUCUUAGUAAAAUUAAUCUGAAACUCGAUAAAAAACAUUUCGUAACGUUCAGCGAAUGCAAUAUAAAGCUGAAUCUCCACUCUGCAGCCGUCGAAAGUGUCCCCACAAUGGUCGCCGUGUUUGUGGAGACGCGGCACGUUUGGAACGAAUUAAGUAAAUCUCAUAUAUUGUGCAGGUCACGUGCACACGAUCUUUCCCUUAGAAUAUUUACAUUGACUUAGAAUGCAGUUACUGUUUGUUCUCGAUUGUCUGUCUUUAUUAUUUAUUAUUUUAUCAACCGUUAAUUGUCCACUGCUGGACAUAGCCCCCCCCCAUAAAGAGGGGUUUGCCAGUAGUUGCUGCGGUUGGCAGGUAGAUUGGCAGACCAGAGGGAGACUGUACAAAAGUCGAUUGCUUGGAUACCUCUCCCCCAUUCGUGUUUCAACCGUGAAGUAGUUGUGUUUGCAUGACUGUGUUUUGGUUUGAAGGGUGGAUAUGGCGUGAAUUUACAAUGUACAGAGGAAUAACACCUGAGUCCUCAGGAAUGGCAACGCAUGGGAGGUAUCAUGGGCGAAACAGUAUACUCUGUUAUGUCCAUGGUACUGCUCAUGUCUAUAGGCGACGGUUACCACUUUCCAUCAGGUGGGUCGUCAGCUUGUUUGCCAUUCUAAGUUGUAUAAAAAAAAUAACAUUUUUAAUAAUAUAUUUAUUUAUAUCACAAUGGCACUUCAUUUAUACAUUUUACAAAAUUGAAUAGAUACAGAUCGGCAUUGGAAGUGGACAGAAUCUGUACUAGGAUACCCUGUAUAGAGGUACCCAAACAAUCGACUUUUGUACAAAGUCUCCCUCUGGUAACAUGUAAUUUUCAUAUUGCUAGAAAUAUACCCUAUCUGGUUAACCUCCAUGCCGUUUCCCAUGGAAAUAAUCUUGAUUAAUUCCUGUGGAAUUCGUCACGAUGAGCUAACUGACCUACUUUCAUUCUCAUUUAUCAUCUGGUGUUCGCUACCGCAUACCGAUGGCGUAGGCGGGGCUGCCAAUUCACUAUCACCCAUUAAAAAAAAUCUAUCAAGUUGUUGAUAAAAUGAAAUAUGUUUCCACUUUUUUUUAUGAAUGAUAAUGGAAUGGUAACCCCGCUUGUGCUAACGGUUUACGCUGGCGAGGCAUCAGUGAGGGAUGUUAGGUGGAUAAUGAGAAAGCGUAAUAAUUAAAAAAGCGAAAUACGUCUGGAAUUUAGCACGAUGGUUUCUAGGAGGAACCGCGUGGAGGUCGACCUGACAGGGUAUAUUGCUAGCAAUGGGAUUGGUAGCCAGCAUUAUUAACAAUCCCUUCCCAGUUUUUACUGUUAGUGCCAUUUAGUGUAACUGUUGACUGGUAGAGAUUGCCAGCAGGCACUAAAUUCACCUUUUAGACAUAUUUUAAUGUGUAAUCAUGAAUAAAUAAAUAUUACUAUAUGACCCUAGACGGAUGUAUGUUGACCAAAUAGGCGACGUGCUGAAGAAGGGCCAAAUUAAAAGUACCCGUAACCGGCGAGCGUGUAUGAAAAACGAAAGAGGUUUGUUUGUAUCGAAGCAUUUGGCGUUCCAUUGUUUCUGCCUAACCUAAUGGGAGACAAGCGUGACAGAUACGUAUGUUUGUAUGUAUGUACUAUAUGGUAAAUGAAAAGGUGCCUUUAUUUUAAUACAUAUGUGAAAUAAACCUCUCGCUUAAUCACCUCACCUUAAUCUAGAAUCGAUAGUAGCACCGUAUGAAGCCCAUUGGGCGACCAGUCCAAAACGGGUCGAUUUAGAUGCUCUGGGAAUUUAUUGACUAGUCUACCAGCAACUAACUAGAUUUAUUUUGUGCUUACAUCGCACUGAUCUUUCAUUGCAGCGUUGUGGGCAUGAUAAGUAGAUGUUUUUCCAUUGAAUUGACACUUUCACGUAAUAAAAACUAAGCUACUAAUAAUGUAAUAAAACUAAUUAACUAAUUAUAUGAGUUAAUUUAUAUAUAUGUCAACAUAUUUAUUAUUUCUUAAUAGAAAUAACUAUACGGUUUCCUCCUAUUAUUGUACGCACACUGUCUGUUGGUAAUUAAUGCCCCUUUCCACUCAGGGUUUGCUGGAA